CGAGCUUUCGUUCUUUACAUCUGUGUGAGAAGUGAGAACAACUUCCAGCGUUAUAUAUCUCCACUUUCCCAUGCUCACACAAGUCUCACUGGAGACUCUCUCUCUCUCUCUCUCACUCACUCACUCACGUAUGUCUUUUCCGGUAAUGUAAGUGAAAUUUACCGGCGUGGAUUUGCCGGAGAAUGGCAUAUAUGUGUACAGACAGUGGAAAUCUAAUGGCAAUUGCUCAGCAAGUGAUAAAGCAGAAACAACAGCAGGAGCAACAGCAACAGCAGCAGCAGCAACAGCUUGGAGGUGUCAAUUCCUUUUGCCUAAACCCUUGGACCACUACCCCUCACACUAUGUCGACUGCUCCGGCUUUGGGAUAUGGGCUUGCCGGUGCGGGGUUUUCAGAUCCUUUUCAGGUCGCCGGCACGGCGGAUGCCGGUGAAGGUGGGUUUCAGUUUGCGCACUUGGAGCACCAUUCCACUGGGUUUAGGUUUUCUGAUUUCAGUGGAGGGGGUGGUGGCGAGUUCGACUCGGACGAGUGGAUGGACAGCUUAAUGGGUGGCGGUGAUUCCACGGAGAGCUCAAAUCUUCCUUCUGGUUGCGACGCGUGGCAAAAUGAUGCCGAUCUCACCUUAUAUGGUGCCGAUCCGUUCACCAGUUGUCCGAGUCGACUCAGCAUAGCCUCUUCACCAACGUCAGAUCUCAACCGAGUCAUUUUCUCCGACGCCCAGAAGUGUACCAAUCCCCCUCUUCAGCCACAGGUCCCGUCUUGGUCUCCAUCGCCGUCGCCAACGCCGACUCCACCCCCACCGCCACCACCUCCUCCAGCAGUUGUAAAAGACACCAAGCCCGCCAAUCCCCCACCGGCACACCUACAGAAGAACGACGUCGCCGGUGUCUCAUCGGGUUCACCAGAAGCGGAGUCGGCCCCGCCAAUAUUGAAAGCCCUACUCGAUUGUGCGCGGCUUGCAGACUCCGAACCCGAUCGAGCGGUGAAAUCACUGAUUCGACUCAGAGAAUCGGUAUCAGAACAUGGGGAUCCGACUGAGAGAGUGGCGUUUUACUUCUCUGAAGCUCUCUACAGCAGAGUUUCUCAUCAAGCAGAGAAGAGGCCCACUCUGUUCGAAACCUCUUCUGAGGAGUUUACGCUUUCGUACAAAGCUUUGAACGAUGCAUGCCCAUAUUCGAAGUUUGCGCAUUUAACUGCGAACCAAGCAAUCCUUGAAGCCACCGAAAGGGCGAGGAAGAUUCACAUAGUUGACUUUGGAAUCGUUCAAGGGGUUCAGUGGGCCGCUCUUCUGCAAGCUUUGGCGACACGAUCCGCCGGUAAACCCGCUAGGAUUCGGAUCUCCGGCAUUCCUGCCCCGGCACUUGGAAAAUCACCAGCGUCGUCUCUGUUCGCUACCGGAAACCGUCUUCGUGAUUUCGCGAGGCUUCUUGAUCUAAACUUUGAGUUUGAGCCUAUUCUGACCCCGAUUCAGGAGCUCAACGAAUCAACCUUUCGGGUUGAUCCGGAUGAGGUUUUGGCUGUGAACUUCAUGCUUCAGUUGUACAACCUCCUCGACGAAACCCCGGUGUCUGUCAAUGCCGCUCUCCGCUUGGCCAAAUCCCUCAAUCCGAAAAUCAUGACUUUGGGCGAGUACGAAGCCUGCUUGAACGAGGUAGAUUUUAUCAACCGGUUCAAGAACGCAUUGAGAUACUACAGGGCCAUAUUUGAUUCACUGGAGCCUAACUUGGCCAGAGACUCGUCGGACAGACUUCAAGUGGAGAGAUUAUUGCUCGGCCGGCGAAUAGCAGGCGUUAUCGGGCCGGAGGAACCAGGAACUAGACGAGAGCGAAUGGAAGACAAGGAGAAAUGGAAGUUUUUGGUGGAAAGUUGCGGUUUUGAGUCAGUACCCCUCAGCCAUUACGCGGUGAGUCAAGCUAAGAUUCUUCUGUGGAACUACAACUACAGUUCUUUGUAUGCUAUCAUAGAAUCAGCACCUGGGUUUCUCUCUCUAGCUUGGAACAAAGUCCCACUUCUCACAGUCUCUUCAUGGCGUUGAUGGGAUUCGCCUCAGUAUGAUAAAAGCUUCCACCCAGUCAUUUUUCUCUGGUGUGGAACAACUUAGAAUCAAUUUCGCCAUUGACGGUCUUGUUUGGAGCUUCCUGAUCAGAUAUAGACCCUAGUCUUUGUCUAUUAAUUUGGCAUUAAAUCCACGCCGUUAUAGAUCUUUUGAAGUUUUUUGGGCCAAUACAUGCUUGUUAGUUUUGCCGCUUGA